AUGCAAGUUGGUGCUGGUGGAAGUGCGGGCUUCAUAGAAGUUUGUAUUAUGCAUCCUCUAGAUCUUGUAAAGACAAGACUACAAUUGCAAGCAACGAAAUCAUCUUUACAAAGUUCUAGCCCUCAUUAUUAUAAUGGAAUAGUGGACUGUAUGAAGAAAAUGUAUAGAUAUGAAGGUUUGACGUCAUUUUGGAAAGGAAUUCUGCCGCCAAUUUUAGCGGAAACACCGAAACGAGCUGUAAAAUUCCUUACUUUUGAACAAUAUAAAAAAAUAUUUUUGUUUGGCUCCAGCUCACCUACACCUCUUACUUUUGCAUUAGCAGGCCUAGGAUCCGGAAUUACCGAAGCAAUUUUAGUGAAUCCAUUUGAAGUAGUUAAAGUGACGCUUCAAUCUAAUAGGGCCUUGGCUGCGCAAGUACCAAGUACAUGGUCAGUGACAAGGCAAAUUGUCCGAGAGAAUGGCUUAGGUUUUAGAGGGUUAAAUAAAGGUCUUACGGCAACGAUAGCCAGAAAUGGGAUAUUUAAUAUGGUUUAUUUUGGAUUUUAUCAUAGCGUAAAAGGAUAUUUACCGGAAUAUGAGGAUCCACUUUUAGAGUUUGGACGCAAAGUCGCCAUUGGUUUUACGUCAGGAGUUUUGGGUUCUUGCGUAAAUAUUCCAUUUGACGUUGCGAAAAGUCGAAUACAGGGCCCGCAGCCGACGCCUGGUAUAAUUAAAUAUAGUUCCACUACUGGAGCCAUCAUCCUAGUGUACAAAGAAGAAGGGUUCCGCGCACUGUACAAAGGAUUAUUGCCAAAAGUACUCCGGCUAGGACCAGGAGGAGCCAUUAUGUUAGUGGUAUACGACUAUGUAUAUAAUUAUUUAGGAAAUAGAUUUCAAGAUAAACGUGAUUUC